CAAGCCCAGAGCUCCAUCACUGCCCCAAUAUCCUUCCAGAAUCAAGGCCACUUCCUUUUCUUUUUCUCACAACUCAUGGAACCGUUCGAACCCUUUCGAUCCCUUAUCGCAGUAACCGCUUCAGUACUGGUAAUUUUGUCGGUGGUUUGCGUUGAGGGGCAGAUCAGUACCCCGUGCACAAGCUCGAUAAUCGGCAGCUUCACCCCCUGCAUGAAUUUCAUCACAGGCAGUACCAGCAAUGGCUCAUCACCAACUUCUGAUUGCUGCAACAUAUUUAAAUCUCUCAUGACUGACAGUAUGGAUUGCGCGUGCCUUGUCGUCACUGGGAAUGUCCCCUUCCCGCUCCCCAUUAACCGAACCCUCGCCCUCUCUCUCUCUCGGUCGUGCAAUAUCAGUCUUCCAGUUCAGUGCAAAGCAUCUGGUGUUCCCUUACCAGCUCCAGGUCCUGUGCUGUUUGGGCCAACCAUUUCACCUGCUGCUGAUUCUCCUUCUAGUCCAAGAGUUUCCAAGGCGGUGGGGGCGGGGGCGGGCCCGGCGGCGGCAGUGGCACCCUCGCCACUUGGCACGACUGAUUUACCAAUAGCUCCGGCAUCUCCGCCUGUAACAACGGAAGCUGCAGGGAUUCGGCCGGUCAAGACUCCGGCAUCGGCAGCUAAUCCUCCCCGCAUCCCCUCGCCAUAUAUCCUGUCACUGAUGUUCAUGGGAAUCCUGGGUUUGAGUUAGGUGCUGCACUGCUACUGAUAAAAGCUGUCGUUCAUGACUCCAUUUCCUUAAUAAUCUCUAUUUAGAGUGUUUUGUUCAAUAUUCUUGAUAGUAAAUGAGAUUAAUUACAUAUUGUUGUUUGUGCUAUAAAGAAGCAAAGAAAUG